AUGAUUUUGGGGAAUGACUUGGCAGGUAGUAAGGUGUGGGCAGAUGGCAAAAUAAACAUCUUUAAGAAGCAAGCUUCAGUACUCCCUGCGAAGGUAUCUCCAGAUUGCAACUGUGUGUCUUCGGAGGUAUUUCCAGUUUGUGCUGUUACCCGCUCUGCCUCAUGCAAGGAGGAUGCGGGGAAAAUGUUUGUUGGUGGUCUCAGCUGGGAAACGAGCAAGAAGGAUCUUAAAGAUUACUUCACUAAAUUUGGCAAGGUGAAAGAUUGCACCAUAAAGAUAGACCAGCAAACAGGCCGGUCAAGGGGCUUUGGCUUCAUUUUCUUUAAAGAUGCAGCCAGUGCAGAAAAGGUUCUGGAACAGAAGGAGCACAAGCUAGAUGGCAGAGUGAUCGACCCAAGGAAAGCCAUGGCCAUGAAGAAGGAUCCAGUCAAGAAAAUCUUUGCGGGAGGCCUUAACCCGGACACCUCAAAGGAAGUCAUUCAGGAGUACUUUGGAUCCUUUGGAGAGGUUGAGACCAUUGAGCUUCCACAAGAUCCAAGGACAGAAAAGAGGAGGGGAUUUGUGUUCAUCACAUAUAAAAAAGAGACUCCUGUCAAGAAGGUUAUGGAGAAGAACUACCACAAUGUCGGUGGAAGGAAGUGUGAAAUUAAAAUAGCCCAGCCCAAAGAGGUCUACCGGCAGCAGCAGUAUGGCGGCCAUGGAUAUGGAGGACGCAGCAGGGGCUGUGGAGGCCAGGGCCAGAACUGGAAUCAAGGUUACAACUACUGGAAUCAACCUGGAUGCAACCAGAACUAUGGCUACGGACAGUCAGCCAGGGGACACGGGGCAACUUCUAAGAACCGGGAUUGA